AUGGAUUUAAUGAAAGCUUGCCAAACAGCUGAUAACUUCAUAAAAAUAUAUUACAAGAGAAUGGACAAGAGACGUCACUCUAUGUCAGAGCUAUAUUUGGAAGGGGGACUUUUAGUUUGGAAUGGAAUUCCAAUAUUGGGCCAAAAAACAAUACAAGAUUAUUUUUUAGACCUACCAUCUUCAGAACACCGGUUAGUGUCUCUGGAUACGCUACCAGUCGUAGAUGAAAUAAUUCGCUCACAGCCACAACUGCUCAUAUUAGCUAGUGGUGCUGUAAGUUACAAACUCAAAUCCUCUGACGUGGUGCAAAGAUCGUUUCAUCAAACCCUUGUAGUAACUGCUCAAGGAGAUAAAUGGUAUAUUGUUAAGGAUUCCAUGAGGCAAUAUAGUUGA